AUGGGCAGCACGGUGUCGGCUCUGGUGUUCCAGCCACCGACGGCUACGUAUGGAUAUACGCGUCGCUACUUCUUCCUCGUGACGGCAAUGCACAACAGGAUCCCAGCGUUCUUUAUUCCAUGCGAUAAAGCCGAAUACACCGUGCUCUUCUCUCACGGCAACGCGGAAGAUUUAGGCAUGAUCUACGAUUGGUUUCGUGAAGUUAGCAGGAGACUUCAGGCCAAUGUAAUGUCGUAUGACUACUCUGGCUACGGCAUUAGCGAGGGUGAACCCAGUGAAGAAGCAUGUUAUGCCGACAUUGAAACGGCGUUCGCGUAUCUUGUCAAUGUGAAGAAGAUACCUCCUGGCAAAAUUAUUUUAUAUGGUAGGUCGCUUGGCUCUGGACCAACAACACACCUCGCAGUAAAACAGUCGGGCAUCGAGCAGCCUGUAGCAGGCGUGAUCCUUCAAAGCCCCGUGCUCUCAAUGUUCCGAGUGGUCUUCAACUUCCGCUAUACAUUUCCAGGCGAUUUAUUCUGCAAUAUCGACAUCAUCGACCAAGUGCGAUCGCCUGUUACUAUUAUCCACGGUACACGGGACGAAGUGGUCCCCUUCUGGCACGGGGAAGGACUUUUCGAGAUGUGUCCUCAGGAAUGGAGGUGCAAGCCGUUGUGGGUGACCGAUGCUGGCCACAAUAACAUCGAAGCGUUUCUAAGCACAUUUGGCGAUGACUUUUUCCAGCAUUUAAUCGAGUUCGUGCAUGUUUGCCACGCGACAGCUACAUUUCGAGCCGCCGAAGCUGCCGACCAGAAGACACUUAUGACUGGUAAAACGGUAUGA